AUGUUCAUUUUCUCGUACGUGGCUGGAAUAUAUCUUUUCUUGGACAGCGUUUUUAUCAACAAACUAUUCGGAAUUUUCUAUUGUGCACUCCUUUUAACCAACGGUUCGACAUGCAUUUUAAAUAUUGUCGCUGGAUUCAUUCAAUUCCAAUACAAUAUCUUAUUCUUCGUUGUUAUAUUAUUUGUCGUCCUUUCUGUCCUAAUUCUUUACUUCAUGCACAUGAAAUUCUCGCAAUUAAGUAUGGUUACUUUAGAUGCUGCAGCAGAAGAGUCAUUUUUCUAUGGAAGAAGUGAUAACUUAGCAAGAGAUGUCAGAAGAUCAUUAGAUUAUUGCUCACCUGGUGUCUUUUUCUUCAAUUUAUAUGAUAAUUUCAUAGAGGAUGGAAUUGAUCAGUGCAAAGAUAUGCUUUUUGUCUAUGCCAGAAUCGUUUCAGCAUUCCCCAGCUACAAAUACAAAUUAGAACUCAUAUCUGAUACACUCAAACAGUCAUCUUUGGAUUGCAGAAGAUUAUUGAAUUUCCAAAUUCAAUAUUUGAUUAUGCACAGAAAUACAGCUGUCAAUUCAAAAAUAGUCAAGGCUUUUGACCAAAUUGCAAAUCAGUCCAAAGUGCUUAAAAUCAAUAUGAGAAGAUUCUGGGAGAAUGUUUUACAAGCAAACAACGUUGCUUUUUGGACAAAUAUUGAUGUCGUCCACAAAUUGCAAUCAGAAUUGGCAAGACAGGUUAAUGAAGUAGUUAACGAUUAUGAGAACUGCCCAGAAGUUGUAUCAGAAGCAGUAAAUAUCCAUUCAACUUUGACAUUUCAAUUCGAAGAAGCGAAAGAACUGAAGAAAGACUUGGAUAUGUUGGAGAAAGGUCUUCCUGCGCAUAAAGAUAGAGCUCUCAUCAAUAUGAUCUCUUUAUUCCCUAAUGUCAUGAAUUCAAUUUCAGAUCUCACAAAAGAAAUCGAUAUUGUUGGUAACGCUUUGCAUAACAAAGAAGUUGAUCAAGAAGAAGUUAGAAAGAAGGAAAUUACAAACGAAUUGAUAAAUAAUUCAAAAGUUGGAAGAUAUUUCUCAUCAGGACUCUUCUUUACUAUAAUGGCAAUUAUAUCAAUUGCUUUCUUCGUAUUGUAUAUCCUUAUGUUCGAAUAUAAGAUCUUAGAUAACGUAUCAAAAACAUAUACUUUCAUUUCAACAUCAAACAGAUUGAUGCAUGCAUUUGCAAGAUAUCUUUUAACUAAGAUUGUGAACUAUGGUCUCUAUACUUCUGAUUCUGGUGUCUUUUCCGAUAGUGAUGACAUGAUGAAAAAGAUUUCACCGUAUUGGUUCGAAGAAGGUCAUCUUAAGAAGAUUAAUGUUAGCUAUGAAGUCUUAUUAGAAACAUCGCAAAUAAUUAGAACGGCAAUGGAGAAUAUGUCUUUGGCAAAUUCUAAAUUGGACACUAGUAUCACUAAAAUCAAUGACUUUGUUACAUUUUACAACAAUUAUGUCUUUGAUGGAACGAAUGAAACUGUUGCAGAAUCAAUUAGUACAAUUAUGAUGGUGAAUAAUAAUUAUAAUGAAAACUUUGUGAAUAAUAGUAUCACAGUAUAUCAUGAAUUCAAAAAAUCAUUAGAAGCUAUGAUCACAAACUUAACUUUCCAGUCAAAAAUCAAUGAAAACUCCAAUUUCCUGAUUUUGUCACUUUUAGUUUCAUUAAUUUUCUAUUCAUUCCCAUCUGUUUUACAUUUCUUCAAGCUCACCACAACAAUGCACAACAUUGCUGUCUGCUUUUCAUCGCUCCCUGCUCCGGUUCUUCGCAAAGCAAUAGGUGAAAAUUCAACAACUUCAGGUUCUGAGGAGAAAAAGGAAGAAGACGAUAUAAGUUCAAUUUCUGCCAUGUCAAUGCUUACAAUGAAUUUCCAGUUCUACUUCGGAUUAUUCUUGUCGGCAUUCCCGUGUGUUAUUUUGUGCUACGGCUUCUACUUCUGUUCAAUGUCUCAUAUCAGAGAAUGUGAUACAAUUGUCCAGAGUGCAGGAAUGUUAAGAACAGCUUUAACUGAUGUCAGAAUGUCAUUUUUGGCAACAGCUGUAGCCUUUUUAAAUGGAUAUCCAAUAGAAGAGAAAUAUGAAGCAAACAAAGACAUGAUUAAUAGAAUGAUUGAUCUCAGAGAUGAACUUCUUGAAGAUGCAAUUCAUUCCAACGCCAAUCAAUUGGUUUUAAGUAAACACAGAUUAGGUGAUUGGAUGGAUAUACAAGAUAAAUACAGGAAGACAUGGGAUCCUCUUGGAGAUUACUAUGACUCAAUCCCAAUCAUGAAAGCUAACUUCGAAAGAUUAGCUACAUAUAGAUAUCUCAUGCAAGUUGAUUGUUUCAUUUUCUUGUCAAAAUUGACAAUUUUGAACCAACCUCCUUCUCUCACAAAUAUCAACUACAAUGCAUAUUAUUUGUGGUGGGUAUAUGAUGAAGUUGAGAAGGAAUUUUACCAGACAAUCAUUACAUCUUCAAAUAAAUCGAUUGAUUCAGGUGAAGCGUUAGUUACAAUUUUCUUAACUUUGUUCAUUAUUUUCCAAUUUAUUUCGCUUUUCUAUACAAUAUAUUCUAUUUACAAAUUCAAUAGGAAUAUCAAGAUUGCCAUGAAGUUACUUAUUCUUAUUGAUCUUGAAGUUAUAAUGAAUGAUGAACAACUUUUGGAGAUGAUUCAUUUAGGUUCAGUUAAUAAUAUUGCAAGACAGAAAGAUAAUUUCACUUAUGGCGGUGGUUUCUAUCUAAAGUACACAGAAACAGGUAUAGCAAUGGUUGAUCCUGAUCUGAACAUAGUAGAAUUUAACGAGACAUUCAAUCAGAUGCUCCCUGGAAUCAAAACCAUCAAAGAAUUGAAUUCAGAUGAUUUGAGUCUCACAAUUUAUAAUAUUUUCGAGAGAAAGUGUGAUUAUACAUAUCAGGCCACAAUAAAUACAACCAACAGUUUAGGAAACCCUGUUCAUGCUAGAGUAACUGUCAUUGCUAUGAAUGAUACUAGAGCUUUGAUGCAACACGAUGAAGCAAAGAUAACGGGGUGUGCUUUGAUUUUGCAAGAUAUUUCCAAAUUUGCUGUUACAGAGAUGAAGAUACAGAAGAAGAAAGAGCAAAUCAUAGAGAUGCUCAAAGUUGUAAUUCCCGAAAGUGCUGUGAACGAAUUACAAAAUGGUUCUGAUUCUAUUUCUUCAACAGUACAUUCCAUUUCUAUUGGAAGAAUUCAAGUUAUCGUUAAAAGUGAAUUAGAAACAAUGCAGCAUAUGCAAUUCUUGUCAAUGAUGUUCAAGAACUUUGACCACUUAUUAACAGAAUAUACAACAUUAACAAGGAUCAGGACAUUCUCAAAUGAAUAUACAUUUGCAGGUGGUAUAUUUAUGUCUGUGAACAAACCUGAAAAGCAUGCAGAAGAAACAGUAAGAUUUUGCUUGGAUAUUCUCAAAGGAAUCACUCAUCUUAAGGAAGAAGUCAAAGUUGAUUUCGAUAUAAAGAUUGGUAUCCAUACUGGCGGACCUGUUAUUGCUGGUGUUAUUUCAACAGAUUAUCCUUCAUAUCAGAUAUUAGGAAAUGUUGAAACAUAUACAGAGAGAUUAAUGAGGAUUUGCGAUCCCAACAAACUUCGUGUUAGCAGAAGUGUUUAUGAAUUGGUAUUCAGUGCUGGUUUCAAAGUCGUUGAAGCAGAACCAAUUAAGAUUGGUAAUGAAAAUGUUCAAACUUAUUCAAUUGAUGUUAGAUAA